UAAUCUUUGCCAAAAAGAAUGGAAAAGAUAAAUGAAAGCAGAUAUGAACCCGCCAUUUAUGUCCUAUGAUAUUUGCUUGCUGGCUCGACGCAAGAAUUAAGUUGGAGUUUAACAGUUAACCGGUUCGGGCUUUUGGUUUCAGAUAGAAGAAUAAGAUAAAAUACGACUGCAGGACCAAGUGGAAGUGAACCCUACCUCAAUUUUGUCUUCACCGCCAGGCGGUGUCCUUUUUUUAUAUAUCUGCUGAAGCCAUUUUGCAGAGCUAAUUGUAUACAACAAACUCACCCUACUCAACAAAACAAAGAGAAAUAAGAAAGAUCAAAGGCUUUUCUUUUUCUUUUCAAUUAAUAACAUUAAAAGGGAACCCAGAAGAAAUUGAAAAAUGGGUCAUGGUGAAAAGGGUCGGCCUAGCAAGAAGCAGAAAUCCUCUAACGAUGAUCACAGGAGCACAAUUAUGGAAGAUGAAGAUGUUUAUUGCGGUGAAGAUAUGGAGGACGAUCGUCCUGAUGAUGGUGAAGGGAAAAAAAAGGAUUUUAGCAAAUUAGAAUUGAAGCUAGACCAUGCCAAUAGGCCUUUAUGGGCCUGUGCUGAUGGACGGAUUUUUCUUGAAACCUUUUCCCCUUUAUAUAAACAAGCAUAUGAUUUCCUCAUUGCCAUUGCCGAACCAGUUUGCAGGCCAGAAUCAAUGCACGAAUAUAAUCUGACCCCUCAUUCACUAUAUGCUGCGGUGUCAGUGGGUCUUGAAACUGAAACCAUAAUAUCUGUUUUGAAUAAGUUGUCUAAAACAAAGCUGCCUAAAGAGAUGAUUGAUUUCAUACAUGGUUCUACUGCCAAUUAUGGCAAAGUGAAGCUUGUGCUUAAGAAGAAUCGCUACUUGGUUGAAUCACCAUUUCCAGAGGUACUGAAGAGGCUGUUGAAAGAUGAAGUUAUAUCUCGGGCAAGACUUGUAUCCGAGGCACAUGUAAAUGGUUCUUUUACCAUCAGCAAAACUGCAGGAGAAAUUGGAACGAGUCAUGAUGGGUUGCUAAAUGAAGCAGAAUUGGCAGCUGCUGCGGAAGAAAAAGAAACUCAUUCAUUUGAGGUUGAUCCUUCACAGGUUGAAAAUGUAAAGCAGAGGUGCUUGCCGAAUGCUUUGAAUUAUCCAAUGUUGGAGGAGUACGACUUUAGAAAUGAUACUGUCAAUCCAGACCUUGACAUGGAACUCAAGCCUCAUGCACAACCACGACCAUAUCAAGAAAAAAGCCUUAGUAAAAUGUUUGGAAAUGGUAGAGCAAGAUCCGGCAUCAUUGUACUACCAUGUGGUGCUGGAAAGUCCUUAGUUGGGGUUUCUGCAGCAUGCCGAAUCAAGAAAAGUUGCCUUUGUUUGGCAACAAAUGCUGUCUCUGUGGAUCAGUGGGCCUUUCAGUUCCAGCUGUGGUCAACUAUUCGGGAGGAACAAAUUUGUAGAUUCACAUCUGACAGCAAAGAAAGAUUCCAAGGCAACGCUGGGGUGGUUGUAACAACAUAUAACAUGGUUGCUUUUGGUGGUAAGCGAUCAGAAGAAUCUGAGAAGAUCAUCGAAGAAAUAAGAAAUAGAGAAUGGGGACUUCUACUAAUGGAUGAGGUCCACGUGGUUCCAGCUCAUAUGUUUCGUAAAGUUAUCAGCCUCACUAAAUCUCACUGUAAACUCGGGCUAACUGCAACACUUGUAAGAGAAGAUGAAAGAAUUACAGAUUUGAACUUCCUUAUUGGUCCCAAAUUGUAUGAAGCAAACUGGUUGGAUUUGGUAAAAGGAGGAUUUAUAGCAAAUGUACAAUGUGCUGAAGUAUGGUGUCCAAUGACUAAGGAGUUUUUUGCUGAAUAUCUGAAGAAAGAGAACUCCAAGAAAAAGCAGGCACUAUAUGUGAUGAAUCCCAAUAAGUUCAGGGCAUGUGAGUUCCUGAUACGAUUCCAUGAACAGCAGCGUGGUGAUAAGAUUAUUGUGUUUGCUGACAAUCUUUUUGCACUCACGGAGUAUGCUAUGAAACUUCGCAAACCUAUGAUUUAUGGUGCUACCAGCCAUGCUGAGAGGACUAAAAUUCUUCAGGCUUUCAAAACUAGUAAGGAUGUAAACACGGUCUUUCUGUCAAAGGUGGGUGAUAAUUCAAUAGAUAUUCCUGAGGCAAACGUGAUCAUUCAGAUUUCAUCACAUGCUGGUUCUAGACGACAAGAAGCCCAGCGAUUAGGACGUAUUCUUAGGGCAAAGGGUAAACAUCAAGAUAGGAUGGCAGGUGGCAAAGAAGAGUACAAUGCAUUUUUCUAUUCCCUUGUUUCUACUGAUACACAGGAGAUGUAUUACUCAACCAAAAGGCAGCAGUUUCUGAUUGACCAAGGUUACAGCUUUAAGGUGAUAACAAGCUUACCUCCGCUUGAUUCUGGUCCUGAUUUGAGCUACUAUCAUCUUGAUGAGCAAUUGGCACUCCUUGCAAAGGUGUUGAAUGCUGGUGAUGACGCCGUUGGCUUAGAGCAGUUAGAAGAAGAUGCUGAUGACAUAGCCCUUCAUAAAGCUCGUCGCUCCAUGGGCUCAAUGAGUGCAAUGUCAGGAGCAAAGGGGAUGGUUUAUAUGGAAUACAGAUAUACAAAUGAAUGCAUGAAAAAGUUCCUUUUGCUUCUCCAUCAAUCUAUCGUCCGUUUCCUCUUCAUUUGCAGUACUGGAAGAAACAAACUUGCUGGGCAGGGCCAUAUUAAGAGUAAGCCCAAGGAUCCAGCUAAGCGUCAUUAUUUGUUCAAAAGACGCUAUGGCUAAGACCAUAUAGGAGUGUAUUUACAGGAGGCAUUAUUGUAUACAUAUCUGAUGAAUAUGAAAGAAGUCUAUUUUAUAAUAGAUGAGGUUGAUGUUGGAUAUGUGAGGACGCCUUCGCCAGGCCUUAAAAAAUCCAAUAAUGGGGGCAUGGGUGUUCUUUCAGUUUGAUUCUUUUUAUGUUUUUUAUUGGCAUAAGGUGCUAGGGGAGAGCUAAUUUUUCAUCUUUCUUCAUCAAAAAAAGGACUGGUGAAUAGCAGUAGUUUUUCUCCAACAGAGAUUUUCUUAAAUAUCAAGUCCCUGUAUACUAUUCCUGUAAUAUUUCAUGAAGAAACAGGGAGAUGCAUUUGCACCCUUGAAGAACGUCAUUUUCAAUUUCAAUCAAAUUCUUAUAGAUGAACA